AUGCCCAGUGUACCCGCUGCAAGAAGUUCCUACGCCAGUCAUCUGGAUCAUGGCGAUGCAGCGAAGGUCAAGGAGAGGGUGUCAAGUGGAGGAGGAGGAGGAGGAGGAGGACGAGGACGAGGAGGAGGAGGAGGAGGAGGAAAUGGGUUAUCAUAUGAGAGCGUCAUCCUUGGAAGGAAGACGAGGAAUCAGGCAACGGUGAAGAAAGAGAAGAAGAGCGAGAAUCCAGCUGUUGAGGCGAAGAGCAAGGAGACGCUGCAGAGCUACCUAUCUGUCCUCGCCGAGAGGAACGGGGUCGAUAGGAACGAGGGCGAUGGGGACGAGACAGGGGCAGGUGACAGGAUGGCCCUGGAGGAUUUCCUCCGUCCAGAGGGGCGGAAAGAAGAGGUGGCGACGAAACGCAAGAGCUCGAGGCCAACUUUUAAGUUUCAUGAGGUAAACGUUUCUCCAAGGCAGACAGUGGCUUACUCGCUGCAGAUUGCUAGCUGCGAUCAAAAUGAUCCUCAUGGAGACGAGGACGGUAUCACCAGUAUCCGUGAGGAGAUUCAUUGCCUGCUCAUGUCCGGGAAAUGCCCUUCGCCUCACUGCUUCGGUCAAAUGCUGAAGCGGAUUCUUGACACUGAGCGAGUCUCGUCAAGUCUGGUAAGCUACGUAGGAGGAGCAGGAGCAGGAGCAGGAGCAGGAGCAGGGGCAGGAGCAGGGGCAGGAGCAGGGGCAGGAGCAGGGGCAGGAGCAGGAGCAGGAGUAGGAGCAGGAGUAGGAGCAGGCGCAAGUGCAGGAGCAGGAGCAGGUGGUAGUACUUUAAUAGAACGAGGACGAGUAGAAGGAGGAGCUGGAGCAGAAAGAUUGGCUAGGGAGUGGUACUCGAGCCUGGUCCGCUGCCUUCAGUUCUACUCCAACCGCUCGGAAGGGACUUGCGAGUCUUUUCAAGUUGAAGGCCAGGAGCUGUUGAAAAUGUUUCAAGACGGCUGCAAGCAGCUGCAGGAGAUGUUCUCCAACAGAAGUCAGACGCAGAAUAGGAUUGGUCAGAGCCUGAUCAAUGGGAGGAAGCGUAAACGUGACCAACAGAAUGACUUCGCCCAUCGCUGCUGCCUCCUCUUCAGCUUCCUCCGACUGCUCAGCCUCAACGAGCGAAAUGCCGUCAAGGCCCAGGGCUGGCCGGAGAUUUCCCAUUGGGCCGUCAGUGAAUUCUGCACGAUUGAAGACGGUUGCCUGACGAACGUCAGGCUGUCUAUUGCUAACAUCAUUCAGUGCUGCAUGAAAACAGCCGAUGCUCUGUGCGAUGAUGAUGAGGACGAGGACGAGGACGAGGACGAUGAUGAGGAGGAAGAGGAGGAUCGCAAGAAGAAAGAAAAAAAGCGGAAGCGAAAGGCGGAAUCGAAACGAGACGGAAACCAGGCUAUGGGGGUGAUAGUGAAACAAGAGACGAUGGGGGAGGAUAGUCACAGGACUUUGGAUGUGACGACCUCGCUCCUCACACAGCGAUAUUUGGUGGGAGGAGGCCGGCUUCUCCUCCUGCAAGCCUACUGGAGGGCGUCAUGCCUCCAUGCUGAAUCGACGAGCAGCAGGAGAGGAGGAGGAGAGGCAGGAGGGGAAGGAUGGGGGCGAGGGAAGCUGGCGGACGACGCGCGCGAUCCGAUGGAGGUUGACGAAGGAAGCAGAGCCGUGCAAGAACACAAGGGGACUGAGGAACAAGCUGGACCAGCACCAGCGGGGGGGGCAGGAGGAGGGGCAGGAGGAGGAGGAGGACGAAGCGAAGGAGAUCCGUUGUCGCUGCAAGAGCUCGCGUCCGCGCGCGCUUUCUUCUUCGAUCAGCUUGUGGACAAACAUUUCGGGUCGUUUGCUCUGCGGAUGAGUGGCAGGAGAAAAGGACGGAGCCAGAAUGCCUUCCUCCGGUCCAUCGUGAAGUAUAGUCGCUCCCUCUCCGGCAAAGGAGGAGGAGGAGGAGACGCUGCAAAGGACCGUGCUCGCUCCCUUACCCUUCUCUUCGCCGUGCGUAGCCUCCUCCUCUUGCUCUCCUCCUCCUCGCCGGCUGUGAGCGAGUGCCAGCUGCUGCAAGAGCUCCAGCAGUGGGUAGAGGACGCGAAGGAGCGGCUCGGGGCCUCUUGCGCUGAGUCGGUCGAGACCGUGCUCGAUGCCUUCCAGGCAUGCGGAAUGAAACGACGGGAAGGGAGGGGGCAAGGAGCAGAAUGA